AUGGUUCUUAGAGCUGUUUUUAAGAUUCCAGGUACAGGAGGUAUAGGUCUAAGUAUUUCACUUGGAAUGAUGGAUGAGAUUACUAAUAAGACUUCAACUCCAAAUCCAGAAAUUCAAACAAAAUAUUUAGAUAACACAAAAUUUUUGGGGAUAACAAACAAUAAUAAGGAUGUGGGUCAAAGUAAGAAUGAAAAUAAGACUAAUAUUGAAAGUGGGAGUGAAUGUAACUGUAGUGAAUGUAAAUCUACAAAGACUUACAGAAAUACUAAGAAUAACAUAAUAGAUGCUAAUUCAAAUAAAGAAAUUAAUAAAAGGAUAUCUAUACAUGAGAAUGAAUGUGAAUCAAUGGGAAUUAUUACAAAGAUGUUAACUUCUUUCAUGACAUGUACUGCAUCUGAAAUUUCUAAAACGAAGUAUAUUACAAAAAAAGUGGAAAAAAAAGGUACUGAUAUUGAAUCUACAGAAAAUCUUAAAUGCUCCCUAAAUAAAUAUAAUGAGAAUUCAUCUAAUAUAACAGUUUCUCAAUCAUUAUAUCCUGAUGAUAUUCUUGUAACAUACAAUACUUCUGUUUUGCAGUUAGAUAAAAAAGAAAAUAGUAAAAGUAUGAAACAUACCAACAGGAGUAGACCACCUGGAAAUGCACCUAAAAUUGACAGUAAAUCUAAUAAAUGUAUUUUUAGAAACUGUUACUACAAAAGUGAAAAUAUUUCAAGGAAAAAUGAUGAAAUAAUCUCUGUACCUUCUGCAGUAUAUCCCGAUAAUAUUCUAUUGAUGAUAAAGAAAUCAAAAAAUAAGCGGAACAAAGAUAAAAGGAAGGCUACAAUGUCGCACUUAAAUUAA